UAUAAAACUUCCUCGCCAACUCCAGUAAAAUUCUACCAAACACGCCGUUACCUUUGCACUCUCUGUCUCUCACUCUCUGAGCUUAUCCAUGGCUUCCACAACUUCAUGUAUCACUUUGGCAAAACCCUUCUCUUUACCCAACAACAAUUAUUCUAACCAAAGAUUAAUUGGUUUAAGAAGAAAUAACCUCAGAGUUAAUGCAGUUGCCACAAAAUGGGAACCCACAAAGGUUGUUCCACAGGCUGAUAGAGUUUUGAUUCGUCUUGAGGACCUUCCUGAGAAAUCAGCUGGUGGAGUUCUUUUGCCCAAGUCAGCAGUCAAGUUUGAGAGGUACCUUAUGGGUGAGAUUCUCUCUGUUGGUUCGGAUGUAGGAGAAGUUGAGACCGGAAAGAAGGUUCUUUUCUCAGAUAUAAGUGCAUAUGAGGUGGAUCUAGGAUCAGAUUCUAGGCACUGCUUUUGCAAAGAAAGUGACCUCUUGGCAGUUGUUGAAUAGGUGGUUCAGAGAGCAGUAUAUUACUGGCUUUUCACUUGAUUUUGCCCUUAGAUUUAGAACCUUCUAUUCAUCAAUGGUUAAUUUUCAGAUGUAAUUCAGUUGCAAUAUAAAUGAAUUAAGAGUAUCUUAAUCAAGGCAUCCGUUACUUUAA